AUGGGCGACAUGCUAAUCGGCAGUUCCUUUCUGUCAAAUAUGGUGUCAACGCAUACUUAUGACCACAUCUUCAACAAGAUGUUGUCAUCCGUUGAAUGGCAUCCAAACGGCAAUCUUGUGGUCAUUGGUUCCCGAGGAGGAGACGUGUCGUGCGUCGACCACAACACCCGAUCCGUCAGACUCUGCAGCCGUGGCGGCGGUCGCGGCCAACAGAUCACAGACAUUAAGUUUGAUCGCUUGGACACCAAUUGGUUCUACACGUCCUCCACGUCUGGGAAACUCAUUAAACAACGCCUCGACGGUCGGGAAGACAUCGUUCUCUUGGAUUCCUAUGUUUGCGAAGAGUUUUAUUCGAGUUGCAGGUUUUCCUGUCUUGACGUUUGUUCCGAUCGCAAGCUAUUGAUCGCCGGCGACAGCAAAGGAUUCAUUCAUUUGGUGCCGUCGUGUGAGUCCACCAAAAGCGAUGUCAACACCAAUGGUCUGAGUCUUCAGAUCCAUUCCUCCAACGUAUUGCACACAGAGUUUAAUAAAUUCAAUACAAAUCUCUUCAUUACGGCGUCCAUUGAUUGCACCGCAAAGUUAUGGGACAUCAGACGGUUGGACAACAAGAGCUGCAAACCGGUGCUCACUAUAAGACAG